AUGCACGACCUAAUCGUAGCUAGAAAGCCAAGUUCACCAUCGGCGGCACCACGGGGCCUGAUUCCGCACAAAAUGGAACCCCCCCACAUGCCCUCCCCCAUCGCACCCGUCGUCCCGCUCGCUGCGCCACCGUCCCCGCCCAGCCCGUCGCUCCCCGUGUCCCCGCUCCUGGUGGUGGCGAUGGGGCUGCCAGGCGCGGGCAAGAGCACGCUCUGCGCCGCCCUCGCGCAACUUGCGCGGCAGGUGAGCGAUUAUCCCGCGCCCCUUCCCUUCACCUCCCAAUCUAUCCCGCGCUGCCGUCCCCCCUGCUCCAUCGCUCUUGAAGGCGCAGGCGCGCACACGACCCUCGUGUCGUUCGACAGCUAUGCUCGUGGCGGAGGCAACGAGGGGAGCGUGGGGCAGGAGGGGAGUGUGGGGGAGGAGGGGAGUGUGGUGGAGGAGGGGAGUGUGGUGGAGGGGAGGAAUGUGGUGGAGGGGAGUGUGGGGGAGGAAGGGAAUGUGGGCGGUGUUGCAGUUCCUGACACGUGUGCUGCUGCUUUCAGUCAUGAUGAGUGGAAGGCCAGUCGUGUCACGGCACUCGCAGCACUCACUGCAGCCCUCAAACGUGCCAGCCAGGGGGGCCGUGAGGGCGCUGCUGCUGCUUGUGCAAGUGCCGCAGAGACAGCAGCAGAGACAGCAGCAGAGACAGCAGCAGCAGCCACCAAGCCAGCAGCAGCGGCGGCGUGGGUACAUGCGCGUGCAGCACCGACACACAUGGUGAUUGCAGACGACACCAUGCAUCUGCGCUCCAUGCGCCUGCAGCUGCUGCGACUCGCUCACUCAUAUGGUGCCACGUGUCUCAUCCUCCACGUCACCACGCCCUUAGACCAGUGCAUAACCCGCAACGCAUGUCGCCCUCCCGCCGCCCGCCUGCCGUCCGCCGUGAUCCGCCGCAAGGCCGCCCGCCUUGAGCCUCCCCGGGGGCUCCCUGUGGUGACUGUGCGUGGGGGGGGGUGUGCGGAGGGAGCAGAAGAGGGAAGUGCGAACAAGCGGGGGGCAGAAGGCGGUCAUGGGCGAGAGCAGGAGGGCGGGCGAGAGGGAGGCAAUGGCACAGCUGCUGCUGCUGCUGAUUCUGGGGUGCUGUGUUGGUCACGGCGGGGCGAGUGGGAGGCGGGGCGGUGUGUGGCGGUGGACUUGGGUGGCGUGGCUGUGGGGGAGGUGGCGGAUGUGAGUGCAGUGCAUGCGUUUGACCUGCGGCUGAGGACGAUCCUCUCACACGCCUUGAGGCGGUCGUCAGGUACUGCCGCAGCCCCGCCACAUGUGCUCAGGGAGCAGGCGGCAGCACUGAACACCGCUCGACGGUCCUUGCUGCAGCAGCUCAGCCAGCACGUGGAGUCAAGCAGAGAACUGGGAGCGAGAGUAGCACAUCCGCAUGCUGCAUCAUCACACACGCAUGGCUCUGGGACAUCAGUGCAUGAUGCCAUGCCUGAGUCCGGCGACGAGUGCGACGAGUGCGACGGUUGCGACGCGUGCGACGGCAGCAUGGCGUCGGAGGAGGGGCACACGGUGUAUCUGGGCGGGCUGCCGUUCGACAGCGACGAGGAUGCCAUCAAGAAGGUCUUCGAAGAGUUCGGCGAAGUCCUUUCCGCGAAGGUGAUAUAUGACAGGGAGACGGGCAAGGCGAGGGGGUUCGGCUUCGUCACCUUCGCAUCGCCCAAGGCAGCUCAGGACGCCAUCAAGGCCAUGGACGGCGAGAUAGUGGACGGGAGGCCAAUCAAGGUGUCGGAGGUGCGCAGGCGGGGAGACGGGGGGUUCUUCCGGCAGUCCUCCUUCGAGCGAGACCGCGACCGGACCCGAGGUGGUGUUGCUCGCCGCCCCUCCAUGUCCCCACCUCGCCGCUCCCGCUCCCCGCCAUCUCGCAUCCGCUAUCGCAGCCGCAGCCCCCGAGGGGGAAGCCCCUAUGCUUCCCCCGACCACCCCCCUGCUGGGCGCAGCAAUGGGGGAGGGCCGGGGGGAGUUGGAGGUGGGAGGGGGCGGAGGGGAGGGGAGGAUGAGAUGGGGCGGGGGCGGGGCGAGGGGGAGUAUGAUGAGGACGACCGCAUGCCGCCCGAUGCAUCUGGACACGUGGCGCAGUUUUUGUCAUUUUGCCAUUGCCCGUAUGCCUCCCAUGCCAUCCCAUGCCUGCCUUCCCGCCAGCAGCGCCAGGCUCUUCACGGCCAACCAAGGGAGGGCGCAGGGGGAGAGGGGGGAAGGGGCGCGCGGGGUCAAGCAAGUCAAGCGGGUCAGGGGGGUCAGGGGGGUCAGGGGGGGCAAGGGGGCGAGUCGCUGGAUGCUCUGCGGGCGGCAGUGGAGCGAGCGAGGAGGGAGAAGCAGAGUGUGGCUGCGCAGAUGCAGCAGCUGGAGCAGGCGCUACAGAGGGCCACGGCCACGGAAGUGAGCCUCAAGGAGCGAAUCAAGGUGCUGGAGGCGGCCAAGAAGCAGGUGGCUGCUGGGUACGAGGAGAAGCUGGCGCUGCACAGCAAGGCGUUAGCAGCGGUGGCGAGGGUGCAGGAGGCACAGGAGACGCUUGCAGCGAGACAGAGGGAGCUGCAGCUGCUGCUGCAGCCAGCGCUAAUAACAGCACUGCACGACAAGGAGGGGGCAGCAGCAGCAGCAGGCAUGGGAGCAGCAGUGACGCCAUCACCUGCAGGGGUGGCAGUGGGGUCGGGCAUGUCGUCUCUCUCCCAGCAACCGCUCUCCUCUCCGCUGCCUGCCAUGCUGCUGCCGUCCCAGCUGCACGCGCUGCAGCAGCAGCACCAGGGGCAGCAGGCAGGGGGACAGCAGCCAGGGCAGCAGCAGGGGCAUCAGCAAGGGCAGGGCAUGUAUGCGGCCUCGCCAGCAGGGUCGCAGCAGCAAGGGCUGGCACAGGGAGUGGUGCUGCCAGAACGAACCCCCAAGCUGCCCAUCCUGCUGCCGCUGCAGGCACAGCAGCAGGGGCAGCAGGCGUGA